GGGCGCUGUCGCGCAGAGCCGCAGUCGCGGGCGGUCCCCCCCGGGCCCAGCUCCGCCGCCGCCGGGCCGGGCCGCGCCAGCAGCGGCGACCCCGGGCGAUGAGAUGACAACGUCCACCCUGCAGAAAGCCAUCGACCUGGUCACCAAAGCCACGGAGGAGGACAAGGCCAAGAACUACGAGGAGGCGCUGCGGCUGUACCAGCACGCCGUGGAGUACUUCCUGCACGCCAUCAAAUAUGAGGCUCACAGCGACAAGGCGAAGGAGAGCAUCCGAGCCAAGUGCGUGCAGUACCUGGACCGGGCGGAGAAGCUGAAGGACUACCUGCGGAGCAAGGACAAGCACGGCAAGAAGCCGGUCAAGGAGGCCCAGAAUGACACCAAGGGGAGUGACAGUGACAGCGAGGGUGAGAACCCGGAGAAGAAAAUGCUGCAGGAGCAGCUGAUGGGUGCCAUCAUGAUGGAUAAGCCUAACGUGCGGUGGAGUGAUGUGGCUGGCCUGGAGGGAGCCAAGGAAGCCCUGAAGGAGGCUGUGAUCCUGCCCAUCAAGUUCCCACACUUGUUUACUGGGAAGCGCACACCCUGGCGAGGGAUCCUGCUCUUCGGCCCCCCUGGCACUGGCAAGUCCUACUUGGCCAAGGCUGUGGCCACUGAGGCCAACAACUCCACCUUCUUCUCUGUGUCGUCCUCUGACCUGAUGUCAAAGUGGCUGGGAGAGAGUGAGAAGCUGGUGAAGAAUCUCUUUGAGCUGGCAAGGCAGCACAAGCCCUCCAUCAUCUUCAUUGAUGAGGUGGACUCACUGUGCGGCUCGCGCAAUGAGAAUGAGAGUGAGGCGGCCCGGCGCAUCAAGACAGAAUUCCUGGUGCAGAUGCAGGGUGUAGGGAACAGCAGCGAUGGGAUCCUGGUGCUGGGUGCCACCAACAUCCCCUGGGUGCUGGACUCUGCCAUCAGGAGAAGGUUUGAGAAGCGUAUCUACAUCCCGCUGCCUGAGGAGGCAGCACGGGCCCAGAUGUUCAAGCUGCACCUUGGCAACACCCCGCACAGCCUGACCGAGGCCAAUAUCCAGGAGCUGGCCCACAAGACUGAUGGCUACUCAGGGGCUGACAUCAGCAUUAUUGUGCGGGAUGCCCUGAUGCAGCCUGUACGCAAGGUGCAGUCGGCCACACACUUCAAGAAGGUCCGUGGUCCCUCCCGCACCAGCCCUGGCACCUUUGUGGAUGACCUCCUGAUGCCGUGCUCGCCUGGCGACCCGGGAGCCACUGAGAUGACCUGGAUGGAGGUGCCCAGUGACAAGCUAAUGGAGCCAAUGGUCUGUAUGUCGGACAUGCUGCGCUCACUGGCCACCACCCGCCCCACCGUGAACACUGACGAUCUGCUGAAGGUGAAGAAAUUCACGGAGGACUUCGGACAGGAAGGCUGAGGGGUGGGUAGGGUGUGGGGCUGGGGUGGCCCCUUCCCUGCUGCCUGUGCCAAACAGGUUUAUCUUCUGCUCACCGCUCACCCAAUUGCACUGCAGCACCUGGUGGGGCCCGGAUGGAUGGCCCGGGGUGGGGGGGAUGGAGG